AUGGAACGUUUAAUCUUACUUGGCUUGACAUUGACUAUUGUAAUCGCUGCAGUUAUCGGACAAGGAUAUCGUCCUCCACCUCCAGGAAAGUCAAUCUGUAGUUUACCUGCGGAACCCGGUUUGUGCAGAGGCUACUGUCCCCGGUAUUAUCACGACACUAAAACGGGCACCUGCCGUGAGUUUAUCUACGGAUGCUGUGGAGGAAAUGCAAACAAUUUUCGAACUAAAGAACUCUGCAAUCGGGUUUGCAGGAACAAAUUCUGUUCAAGGAUAGGGUGUCUUAAUAGAGCCUGUACUACCGAAACCUGUCCAGCCUUUCCCCGGGCCACCUGCGUAGCUGUUUGUCCUUGUAUGUCUGUUUGGAUAUAUGACGGAGAGGAUGUCACUGACAAAUGUAAUAACAAAGGCUAAUCAUCUCACAGAAGAACAUGGCACAAAAUUGGACAUAUACCGAUUUAAAAACUAUUUUUUUAAUUACUCCUGUGCUACGAAAAUAAACAAUUUAAAAGAAAUAACGAAAAUGAAAUAAUUUUAAUCAAAUAUUUUGUGGUUUGAAAAGCAUAUACAACAUUUUCACAUCUAUUUUAAAACGGAUAUACACGUUCUAUUUUCAUGAUAUCUCCGAAAGAAAUUUGUGUCAUCUUUGGA